ACGCAGUAUUACUUAAAGUUUUUCAGUAACGUUUCCCUCGGCAAAGAAUGUAAAAAGUAUUGCACGGAUAUCGAUACAAUAUUAAAUCGAUGCAUCGAGACGGAGGUGUCGAUGCGUAAUCAACAUCGAAUAAAAUAUGUUCGAAUCGGAUUCAGACAAGUGGCUUGAGACAGGUGUAUCGAUGUCCUUUGGCGUAUCGAUAUAUUGUUUGCAUACUUACUUGCAAGGCAAGAAGCUACUACCUUGGAUGUAUGCAGUGGAGUGCAGCCCCUCCAACUCGAGUUCUCGUUGCAACGUUCUCCGGUUUCCUCAAUCACGUUUUUUUCUCGUGUGCUGAAUAAUGCUUUUAUAGUGAGACCGUUUCUAAGAAUGUUAACUUUAUUUCAUGACUGCUUACGAUAAGAAUGGGAGUGAGUAUUCCGACCACUGCAAAGCCAUGAAGAUGAGCUUUUCUUUAUCAUCGCUUCAGCCACUCGGUCACGGCUUAGACAAGCAUGGCCAAGUGGGAAUGGCGAUAGAAAGACCAUACAACAGCCUCACAAAGAAACGGAAAGAUCCUAAGCAAUUUUCUAAUCAGCGUUUGUGGACAAAUCGAGAAGACUGCAAAGAUGACUUUUGGGCAGCAAUACGAUCUAAUUAUGAUUAUAUUAUGAGUACUAAUUUAAUAGAUAGUUGUAAGGAAGCCAACGGUGAAUUAAUAUGGGAUGAGACUGAUGUAUCUACACAAUCCUGGAGUCUAAAAGAAGUUAGCAGUCAGUUCUCAGAAUUAUAUUCAUGGUUAUCAGUUCUUCAAGAAUUAGUUUAUUCUAAAGAAGAAAAUCUGCUAGAUAAAAGUCUGCGUGCGGCUCACAUGGAGGAGCUGCGACGUAGGGCUUACAGAAGAAAGUUAUUUAAUGAACAAGCUGGAAAAUUAGUGUCACGUGCCCCUGCUUUAAAAGAUGAAGUAGCGUGGCGUGUUGACCAUUUGAAUGCAAAAUGGGAAUUAGUAGAACAAAUUAUGGCACCUGUUGAGCGGCCAAUAUCCAAUCAACAGGACAUAUCAGCAGAUUUUGAACAUGAAGUAAAGUGUUUGAGAAAAUGGCUUCGUGAGAUGGAAUCUCGUCUUCAACCUUUGAGUUUUCACAUAGAUUGGACUUUAGCAGAAUUGGAGGAAAAAGCAGUGGAACACAUGUUUAAAAUUAAAAUGUUUAAGUAUAUGUAUUUCGUGGAAAUAAUACUGCAGAUUGAUGAUACGUGAUUUGAUACAUUUCGUCCUAAAUAAAUCAAAGAAAGUUUUUAUAGGAUGAGAUGAAAAAAAUGCUACGAUAUUAAAUGAAAUAAUUGAAUGCGUAUAUAUUCAUCGGAAGACUCAUUAACACAACGAAUCGAUUUAUAUACGUUUAUCCUUUCCGUUUGUAAAGCCGGAAACACGUCUUUACUGUUAACGGAAACGGACGACAGCUGACACUUAAACAGGCGUACAGUAUGAAUGAUAGUAAUAGUAAAUAAUUACUUCUAUCAUGCUUGAAAUACAUAACUAGCAUAGGUCUUUCCGAACGAUUCAAGCAGACGUAGAUCAUAAAUUAUUAAUACCUGUGAUUUUUGCAGCGAUUUCUUGUUCGCGAUGUUGUAAUUCUGUUGCAAAAACUGCAAAAUUAUUUAAUACUUUCCCCGAGACGAGACGUUACACUGUACGUUCAGUUUCAGCCCGAUUGUCUUUCUACUCCUUGUUGUGUGACUGGGUGGGCGUCAAGAACUCGACUCGUUCGUGUUGGUUCCGUAUCUUUCUACCGAGUUCUCUGUCUUCUUCUUUCUCUCGUUCUCUCCCUCCUUAAUUGCAUCUCGACACAAAACAUGAUACGUGCCGGACAAUCAUAUGUACAACUAUAGUAUUAUCUAGUAUAAUGUACAUAGUAAUAUUUUAACAAUUUUCGUUCUCCACAUUUUCAUGUGGAAUUUAGUUCCUCAGGAUGAAAAUUGCUGUAUUCAGCAAUUUCGUUUUAACUUGAUUUCCCAGUUGUAGUUUAUCCAGUGUAUCAUGUAAAACAUUGUGAAUUUAUAAUUAUACUGUGGAAACACGUGUCUGAGUAGAAAAUAAUUGAUCAAGCGUAAACUAUAAAUAAUAAAAAUUGUUAUAUGUAUUAGAGGUAAAAAUAGUUUAGGUAAUAGAAUUAAACGAGUAUAAAAAAUGGAUUAGUUGUAAUUAGAUAAGAUAAUAAAACAAUAACAAAAGUAAGUGAUUUUUUUAAGAUUCUAAACGGAAUAUAUAGUAUAAUAUAAUUAUUUCGAUCUAAUGAAAUUGGCUGGGCCAAAUAUUAAAUAGCAAAUGAAUUACAGUAAAAUCAUUAUAACUAAAUUCUUAGAAUUAAAACAUGUUUUUACCUGCAGUUGAAUUUAUUUGUGUUACAACUUAACAGACUGUAUGUUUAGAAGUUAAUAGAGGAUGUGAACUAAAAUGUUUUUGAACGAAGCACCGUUUUAGUAUAAAUUUAAAUCGAUUUACACCAGUACAUAUCGUAAAAAUCAAUGUAAUACAUUCCAGUAUACAUAUUGAUUACGUUUGAGUACAUAAAAUACAUACAUAAUGGUUUAUGAAUGAAAGAACUACUGUAACUAUCUUCAUAUGUUUCAUUCAUAUGUUCACGAAGCGUAAAUUUAUUUUACACGUGUGUGUAUUCUUCAUUUCUUUUUAAUCUCAGAAUUUUUAGGACAAAUUUAUAAUUGAAAAAAAGUUUAUAAUCUGUUUUCUAUUCAUUUUCCUAAAAUUGUAUAGAAUUUAUGUGUUCAGUAUAUAAUGUGUGUAACUUUUUCGUUUUAUCAUUAUUCCGACUUAUGUCUUUCGUAUAUUUUUUGUUAUAAUUGUACAUGUAAUGUAACAUAUUUUUUAGUAAAUGCAAUAUACUUUCGAGUAAUUUGCAAAGUUUCGUGAUUCUAUAAAAACAGAUUUGUGGAACGGGAAACGCGAGCCUUGUAAUCAGUUUUACUUUGAAUAGAGCGAUCUAUUAACUGUAUACUAUACUCUAUUGAAUAACCUGUAAUUUAGCGGACCGUUAUUGUCGUCGCAGAGUUAUAGUUAUAUAUUGUCUUCUUCCUUCUAACUGAACUAUUGUAUACUUGUUACUAGAUAUUUUAUACUUACUAAGAGGUACAUUUCAUGUAAAUUCAAUAUUUGUAAUAUUAAUGCAUAUUUCAUAUAUUAGUUGAAACUAGUUAUUAGUAAUUUUAAAGCUGUUGCUUAAAAUUGUACAUUUUAUUCGAUGAUUUGAGAAAAUAUUCCUUUUCUCUAAUUUCUGUUUUGAAUUUGUUAUUAAAUUCGCUAAUAUGGAAAUUUUAAAAAAUAAUUAACUUUAGAGAUAUCUUGUAUUACAAAGAAAACGUGUAUCAAUUGUACAAUUUCUCUGCAAAGUCUGUAAAAUGUUCUGUAGUUAAAUCGGUGAUCAAUAAUAAUAAGCGGAAGUAUCCGGUGAAUAAUUUAAUUUUAGCACCCCAAGCCGGUGCGAAUAAAUUUGUUUAUGCCUAGUUCGUUGCUCUCUAACAAGAGCACGUGGCACGCGUGUUUGUUUUAAGGAAAUUCCACGGAAUUCGUUGGAAAUUCUAAAAUUGUUUGAGAUUCGUGUUUCAAACACUCCGUAGUCUAUAAAUUGAUUUCGGCCAGCGAGCGUAAAAAAGUAGUGAAGGUUGAAACGCUCUGCAAUCGCGUUACGCAAUGUGCUGCACGCAAUGUUACAGUGAAAGCUGUAAAAAGGCUAGAUUCAGAAAUUUAGUUCAAUUCUGUAGAUCCAUGGAACUUAUUUUUCUUUGAAUGUGUCUUAAAUACUCUAUAAUACUCAAAACAUUUAUUUCACUUUCUUAAUC